AUGGCAACGCCCUGCGUAGACAAGCUGGCCGAAGACCAAUCAGAUUUCGGCUUCGGUGGGUGGGACCUCUAUAUCUUGGCCCUCAGCGCUUCACCACAGGGACAUUUCGGAGGCCUCGCACCCCGCACCAACGCUGCCACGCCCCAUUACUCCAAAACCACUAUGAGCGGUAAAGUGAAGGUUAGCCAGGCCGCCUUUUUCAGAGGAGGGUGACACUCGUGGAGAGGGGAGGAGCCGAGGGAAUGACACCAGCAGAGUAAACAACACUGAGAGCGCGGAGAACAAUCACACGGGGAUGUUUGAACUUGGAACUUUGUCUAUUUUACUUUGUUUGUGGAGGUGAGAACAAAGCGACGGACCUGCUUCUGCUGUGUCAGAGAGAGAUCACAAGACUGAAUCAUGAAGGACGGGAGGAUUGCUACGAGUUGCAUCAUGGGAAAUGAAGGCUGGAGCAUUAAUAGAGAUGAACCUGCAGCUUCGGUUUGGUCAUUUUACUGCAGCCCUCCAAUUACCCUACUUAGAGUUAGGGCGGGGCGAUACGGCCUCAAAUCAAUAUCACGAUAUAUCAAUAAUGGACGAUAACGUCUUUGUCUACUUCAGCCGCUCCAACUUUUGAACCGUCCUCCAUCUCAUCACCUGUCUUUCCCUCUUUGUUACGACAGACUGGAUGGGGUGGAGUCACGUCUCUAAAUUUCGGUAUCAGUAAAUUUUUGGUUUAUCGCCCAGCCCUAGCGGGAAGUCUUUAUGCUAUUCCAACUCCAAACAUGGAGAGAAUCAACACUUGCUACUCAAACUAGCUGGGAUUGGUUCUUGAUUUCCGUCCCUAACUGUGGCGUCACUCUUUUCGCCAGUUUGCACCACGACAAAACCCUACUUUAUAAGUUUGCACCAAAGAUGUUUACUUAUUUACUUUUUUUGACACAUUAUAUACCGAUAUGGGCAAAAUGACGUAGGUUAUUGUAAAUUUCUUUCAUGGUAAAUUUAAGUUUGUCGCCCAGCCCUACUUAAGGUGACCAUACCUCCUCUUUUACCCGUGUCAUGUCCUCUUUUUGGGGUUGUUCGACUUUGUCUGGGGAGUUUAUAAAAUCCUUCAAAUGUCUUUCAGUCAGUGUCGCGUGGACUCAGUGAGUUAGAAGUGUGUAAAAAACACUCGACCUGACCCUAAAACCCCCCAAAAUUAACUACACACAACUCCGUGACUCACAUAGUAGUGUCCUCUUAUAACCAUCUUGACCAAAAUCCACUCCCUUUGUGAGUCCGACAGCUUUUACUGGAUAAACUUUGUGUGUUUCUGUGAUUCUCUCUGUCUCUGUGUUGCUUUAUAUAUCUAAGUUUAAGUGUAAUCGUGUCGUUUGUGUUGUUGUCUGACUUUACUAAAAGGAGGCUGCCAUCUUUGUCUGCAGUAUCUGUGAUCAGCUGACCUGAUAACCUCGAGUGAGACGCCCUGCAGAGCCUGACACUCACAUAUUUAAGGAUAUGAAUAACCAGGUUUCUCCGAGACGCCGCAUUUCAAAUACAAUCAAGACUCAUAACCGGGGAGCUCGAGUCUGUCUCAGCACACUCGUUAUAAAAGGUAACUGAUCUGUUUUUUUCCUAUUCCAGCUUUUAUUUUCCAGAUACACUCAAUUACUCUCCAACCUCGUACACAAAGCACCAAUCUAAUGAGUCAUGUACAAAAGAGUGCAUAAAACUAAGAAAAAACAGAGAGAGAGUCUGUGUGUGUGUGUGAGUGUGUGUCUGUGUGUGCGUCUGCUCUUUUGUCAGGCCGCAGAAAAUUAGUUUAUUCCUUCCAACGAGUUUUUGAAUACAAUGCUUGUGUUUGCUUUUGAUUGAAACGCCACUUUCUGCAGCUUACAGAGAGCGGAGGAGCCUUUUCUCCUCGCCACAAACAUUUUGGCACUUUUUUAUUUCUCUUCUUCUCUGACUAAUUUACAGCGGAGGGUUAAAACCUGCAGCGUUUUCACCGACAGAAAACUCGAACAUGCACUCUCUCACAUCCUCGAGCACCUGGGAGGGUUUCGUGCAACAUUAACAACAGACUUUUAUCAAAAGGGAGAGCAAAUAAUUUGCUUUGUUUGUUUUAACCUGCAGGGAGUGCCAGAGGGGUGGGGUUUAUGUGUCAUGACAAUUCAGAAAGAGUCAGCGCGGCUGUCAGGCCCACAAAAGACGAGUAAAUGUAUCUUUAAACACUUUCAUUUGAUUGUCAAAACUUUCAGGCACCCUUAUUGUCUUACAUAUCAAACCCCACCCUUCUGGUUCUUAAGCUGGAUAAACCAAACCUGCAGAUGUUUGCUCAUGACACCCACUUUCCCAUAUUAACUCCUCACAUUAUACGCAGCACACACAGAGAGAGAGACACGAGUUAUUUUAGGGCUUUUUUUCUCAAUAAUCGAGGAGGGGAAAGUUUUCGGUGUCUGAGUAUCCUUCAGUGAACUUUUCCCGGGAUCAGACUCUGACGGCAGAAAAAGGAAAAGUCAAAGAGAAAAGUCUGAAAGCUCGAACAGCUCCUGGACAUGCAGACACGCUGGCAUGUGAUUCCUCUUUUCUGUAAAAUCAGCAGCAGCGGUGUAAUCGCCAAAGCAUCUGCUGUUACUGCUGCAACCCAAGGCCGUGACUGACGGAUAAAGAGCCACUUGAGCACCAGCGUCAGUCACCUGGUCACCCUGUAGUCCUGUUAGACAUACCUGAACUCUCCGCUCUGAUUGGCCGAAUCCGAGAGAACAAUUACAACUCCUAAUCUCUUCGUUUAUCUCUGUGAAGAAGCGGCUUUAGGGUCAUGUUUCCAGGUUUUUCUCUGACGAAGCUUUCACAUCCAUCAUGAGCAGCGGAGGACAGAAGCAUCUGAAUUAUGUCUUUUUUUUUCUGGGAUUAAAGUGAAACAAUAAAGUCACAAUGAUGGGAUUUCCAUGACCGAGCAGACAUGAAGAACCGCUCCUGAUGCUGAUCUGUUUUGCAAAAGUAACAUCAGAGAUUUUUCAAAGCCUGUUUCUGUUGGACUGAUUCAGAACCAGACCCAGAAUUUAAUCUGUCUUCUGUCUGACUUUAUUUUAUGUCUCGGACAGAAACUUUAUCUGACUGUUUCAGUAUCAGUCAAAUCGGUGUCCUCAUGUCAUCAGAUGGAUGUUUAAAAGACCUGAACAGCUGUUGGGAAGAUUUCUGAGGCUACAUGGAUGUGGAGAUUAUUAAAAAAAUAAAACAUGGAUCCUCUUCUGUCUUUUGAGUUCUGAUCCUUGAAACAUGAGUUUUAAAAAGGUGUCUGAAUUUGUGUGAACAGGAACGUUUUCAGAAACUCUGCGGUCAUCAGCGUCGCUUUGUUUACAAGUGUUUCACAUGUGCCAAGAUGGCGAGAUGCUAACUAAUGCACUUGAAAUUACUUAAAUGUGCAAAAGAGUCAUUUUUAUCGAUUAUUGCAGGCGAAUUAUUUUUGGUUGCAAAGUAAACUCGCCCAAUAAAAAUCGGCAAUCAUAACCGCGACACAUAAUAUCUGUUUUACUACUCGAGGUCAAGGGUUAGGGACCAAUUACAAGCAUUUUUUCCCCUGGAGUAAAUCAAUAAAAAAAUCAGUAAAAAAUAAAGUUAAUUUCCCGUUUUUUUAGCUGUAAGACUUUUAUCGCCAAACAUCACGGCCGAAAUAGAUGUUGCGAUUCGCUGUUUGUCAUCACUAAUCUCGCUCUAUUGCCCCCUGCUGGUCCGGAAUGCUUUUGAAGUUAUUUUAAAUAUUUCUGCGUUGUCGUGAGGACACAGAGAUAUUCGUAAAUAUCUGUAAGAUACAUAUUUACAGGAUAUUUUCUGGAAACUAGCAACAGCAGGAGCUAACUGCUAAACAACUUUCCAACCCGUAAAUGACGCACACAGUCUGACGUGAGCUACGAUAUCGAUAUCUAACUUUGGACGACAAAUGUUCAACAAUAAGUUCAAACAAAACCACAAAACAAAACACACUCCUGUACAAGACAAGAUCAGCAAAGAGUUCGGAGGAAUAACUCCGCACAUAGGGGGCGCCAAGAUCAACACAAGCAGAAAGUUCCUCAUAGGAGCUUUAAAUCUGAAAAAGUCACUUUAUUUUACACCAAACAAACUUUGUCAAUAAAUGUAUUUUUUACAGUUAGCGUGCAGGGGUUUGCUCGCCAUUUUAAGAAUUUUAGAAACAGAAUUUUUUAAGCUUAAAGAAUAAAUGAAUAAACUUUACACAUGAACUCUACAAUACUUUAAUUUCAGUGCUCAUGAUAGGUGGAGAUAGAAAGAGUAAAUAAAAGAUAUAAGUGUGCACACAAGAUUUGUGCCACCCCGGUCUGAAAAGUCUGGACACGCCCCUGCUGUGCAAACAUUUGCUGACAACUUUAAAGAGGCUCUGAUAAAGCAGUUACAGUAACCGCAUGAAAAAUCCAUGUAAGUGGACGUCCUUUUGUUUUUACGUUUAAAUGAUUAAAAACAUUUGCUGAUGGAAGAACAAACCUCCUCCGGGCUUUUCUCAGAGUACAGCAGCAUUAAAGGAUAAUCUGUGUGUGCACAAACAUUUUGGUUGGAUUUCUUCGACACAAUCCAGGAAUUAUUUCACUUUAUAUCGUUUACGGAGAUCUUUUUGAUUUUGGCGGUGAGUUUUUCCAAUUUAGAGAGCGAGGAGUGUGUCGUUCCAGCUCAGAAACAUCACGACAGAUGAGAUUCAUCAUCAGAAAUUCAUAAAGAAGAAGAAGAAAGUGGGAUUACUUCUGCAGCUCAGAGUGAUUUUUCUCUCCCUGCAGGAUGCCAGCGUAGCAGCAGCGGGGGUGUUAACAGUGCAGCAGUUACUGGUCAAAAGCUUUUGUGUAAAUCACACAUCAAUCAUUCUUACUCAGACCUCCACAGGUACAUAAUGACCAUUGUUGGCGACUCACGCCCUGAAGAAAACGAGUCAGAGGGAGAGAGAGGAAAAAAGGCGAGGAGGAGAAGGAGGAGGAGGGUGAACUUCAUGAACUUGAGCUGCUCUGAGAUGUUUUCUAAAAGCUGGAGAUGAAGCAGGUACAGGGAGGAAGGAGAGCUGGUGUGUCAGGUAAGCUCUCGGCCGGAGCUUUGUAAUUGGCUGGUGGGGAGCAGGUGCUGCAGAAGGAAAGGUUACUCCGAGCAUUGAGAGGGAGAGCGCUGAGAGGAGAAUGAGAGCGGGACUCGCUAUUCGGCGCUCUGUGCAAAAAUGAGAAAGCUGCUGCUUCCAAGGUUGUGUGCUGGUGGACAACAGAGGAGAGGAUCCACGGAGGCGGACACCCACCCGGCAGGACACACACACACACACACACACACACACUUCAAUCAACACACACACACACACACACAGGCAUUCAAACCAGAAACACACAGAGAAAGACUCGAUCACACACACCUUUAUGUGCAAAAUGACACACACCUCAAACACACACACAAACAUCUGAAAACACACUCACUGGAAAACCUCCUCACACACACACACACACUCACACACACACACACACACACACACACACACACAUUUAAUAAACACCAAUCAGGAGUGGACUGAUAUUGUUUUUUAAGAGCUGAUAAAGCCAACAUCACUUUCAUGUUUUAUUUUUUGACCCUUAAAUAAACACUUUUUAUUUUUUUUUACUGAUCAAUAUGUUACACUCUUUGUUGCUUGUUGUUGUCAUGGUAACAGGAUAUUCGUGUCUUUAAUUGUGAUUCCAUAACUCAGAGUAAAAUAAAAAAGUGUUCACUGAUAAAAUAAAGCCGUUAAAAAAAAACUGUUCAAACUGUAAAAAAAGGAACUUUACUGUGACAAAUAUUUUCUGUAACACUGAAGAAAUAUCAUUACAGUUAAUUUUAUAAUCAAAGUUGAAGAUCAGUUUGGUAAUAUACUGUAAAAUGCAGAAACUUGCACCAGAAAAACAACAACAUUUUGCUGUAAAUUUAACUGUAAAAAAAUGUAUUUGAGCUGCAAAGAAACGACAUUUUCCUGUUAAUUAAAAACAGUGAAUUUAACAAAAACACCCUCUGCUUUGUGCACGUUAGAAUCUCAUCAUCAUGGUUUUGUUUGCAUUAAUUAAUGAAACGAGAAAAUACAUACAGGUGUCAGAAUAUAUGAGUAUUAAACUAUUAUUACAAAUAUCAAAACAGAAAAGCUAUGAAGUCACUCUUUUAGGUUUGAGAUGCUCUCGUUAAGGAUGUAAUGAUUAAAGGGGAGUUAACGUUGCUUAGCAACAGCCACACAGACUAAACGGCCUGCAGUGUCUGCAGACAUGAUCAUGAAAUUCAGGGUUGGAUACUGACGCAGAUUAUUAUUUUUAUCAUGAGGAGCAGAAACGAUAUCUGGAUGAUAUUUGAAAAUGAUAAUUAAUCGGGUUCACUUCAGUUACACACAUUUAAAACACACUUAGAAACACACUUAAACACUCACAAUCACACACACUCUCAGGGGACAUACUGAAAACACACUUUAACACGUACAAGCAUGUAAAAACACACUGAAACACACACACACACGUAAAUCACACUCUAUCACACGCACACACUCUUACACACUGAACACGCCUUAAACACACCGCAUGCAUACACUCGGACGACACGCUUACACGUGAACCCACGUUUGAAACACACACCGGAAAUAUGAUCGCACACACUUAAAACACACCAACACACACAUGAACACACACACACACGUCAGAAACAUACCUGCACAUACACACACCCCUGUAAACCAACACACAUUAUCAUACAUCUUUAAUCCGUUAACACACACACACUAUAGUCUUACAUAUGUACACACACACACACACUCACACACACUCUGGAUUAAAUGCUUAAUUGCACAUGAACACACUCAGCCACACACAGAGGAACAUGUGACAGAUCUGUUGGUGUUGCCUUAAAAAUACACACACACAGACACACACACACACACACACACACACCUAAGCUUGCAUUGUGGUCGAGGAACUUAUGGGCAUCUGCCAGCGCGCCUCAAGUGCUCGUUCUCCGGGGGCCUCAGUCUUUCUUUUUCUGCUGCAACGCUGCAAUUUGGGUGUGCCGUGGGUCCAGAGAUAAGUAUAGGCUGACUAAUAUGCACUUAGGACCCGGGGAGAAAUACUUAGGCCUAAAUGUUUAAUUUGUGUUUGUACAACACAUGUCCAAUUUGGGGGCUGGUGUCUUUUUCAAAGAGCCCGACAACAAAUAAUUAGGACUCUCCGGAUCGGCCGCAGGCUUAAAAUGGUGAAGCGACGGUUUUCCCCGAUGAUGGAGGUGAAUGACAUCUUCAAAAAAAAAAAAAGGAAAAGAAAACAACAACAUGUGGAAGCACUUAAAACUGCAACACCGUGGUGAGUGGAAGAUCGCUGCGCAGACAGGGUAAAUAGAGUGACAGUGAAACAUGAUAAACCAUCCUCUCCUGCGUCCUUCUUCUGCAAAACAAGGUGUUGUGGACGUCUGAUAAACGUCAAACUGACAGUUACAAUCUCAGGAUCUGAAGCAGCCCUCUCCCUCUCCCUCACCCUCCCUCCCUCCCUCAUCUGUUUAUCUCUCACUUCAUCUCACCCUCUGUUCCUCUCUCCACCUUCAGUCUGCUCCCUCUUCUCUAAAUCUGCAGUUUUUAGAGUCAUGUGAGCAGUAGGUGGAUUUCUAUCGAUUUCUGCACUUAAGGCUCCUGUUAGGAACUUUAAGUUUGUGUCUGUUUUGGCGCCCCCUGUGGACAAAGCAGCUUUUUCUUAUCUUGAAUAUAUUUUAAAUGUGGAGUAACUAAAAACAGGGUUGUUUCCUCAGCGUCUAAAUCGACACCUAUCUCUUUGAGCGAAUUUGAGCGUUAAAAACUUCAGCAGUUUCGUCGAUUUUUGCUUGUGGACGUUGUUAAACUCAUCAGAAUGAUUUUCAGUCUGUUUCAUAAAUAUAAAAAAUCUCCACACAGGAGCUUUAAGGGCUUCAUUAAAGUCUCUAAAUGUGUCCACAUUCAAAGGCGAUUAUCGUACUUUUAAUCCGAUUUUCUUCACUUUUCUAAAACUCGAUCAAAAAGACGACAAACUGUCUUCAUGCAAAUCUGCGUUCAGUUUGUCUAAGCGGUGUUGCCGUACCUGUAAGCGUCACUAAGGCUACGUUCACGCUGCAGGUCCUGAUGCACAAUUUGGAUUCUUUGUUAAAUCCGAUCCGAAGCACAAAUUUCUUUCCGCGCCUGUUUGUGUUGUCGAACAAUGGUGACGUUUGUCGCAUAUUGAUGACGUAUCGGUCAGAUGAAGGCGACCUGAGCGUCCACACUGCAGUCACAUCGGAUACAUAUCUGAUUUAUAUCCACAUACAGAAGAGGCCUGGGUCGGAUUAGAACCAAUCAGAAUUGACCUGUUCACACUGACCUGAAAAAAUCAGAUAUGAGUCACAGAUGGUUAAAAAAUCUGAAUUGACCUGCGGUGUGAACGUAGACUCAAUGGAGGUAACGGCGGCUGCAGCAUCUACCUUAUCUGCCCUCCACUAAAUGUUUGGUCAGAAUCGAGCCGAGGCUGAACUUUCUACUCGUGUUUUAUCAUCUCUCUGAGUUUCUCGGUUAAAUUCUGUUCAAGAAAACAAAAAAUCAGGAGUCAAAUUCUCAGAUACAAGCCGGAUUACAGUAAAAAUGAACAGUUUGGUACAAACGCUGUCAGUGCAGUUUGGUUUUGGACAGUAUUACAGUCGUACACACUUACAGUCAAACUGGAUGUUUGCUCUCUGUUAAAAAUAUCAGAAUCAGACGUGAACACGACUGAUCAGCAGGUUAAAUUAAUGAUUACAUCCAGGUGAUGCUUCUGCUUUUGCAAAACUGACAGUUGUUGAAAAUGAUCCAACGGCAGAGAGCAGCAUCUGCAUUUUAGGGGUCAUAGGUCACAUUACGGUCAUGGUUCUAGUCCAUGAAAUUAUAAUACAGAAAAUUAAACACAUGAAUGUAAUCACACCGAUCUGUGUUUGUCUGUUGAGUCCAAAAGCUUCAGAGGAAAUUUUCCCAGCUGCAGCGUUUUGUUCUGUUUCUGCUCUUUCAGCAGGACAGCCGUGGUCGAGAUUUUUCAGAUGAUGAAUGAUUUAAAUCAUUUUAAAUGUUCGCUCUGUGCAAACUUUAUCUUUAUCCGUCUUUAAGAAGGUCGAGGUACGGAGCUUAACGUUUGUUUAAACCACAUUUUGUGAUUUUAUUCUCUGGGUGUCAUUAUCCUGAAUUAUUCUGGAGCUGCAAACAUGUAAAUCUGUGAGUUUAAAAGGUGAAAAUAAUGUUUUGUAAUUAAAUAUAAAGAAGGAGAAUGUGCAUCCAUGUCUUCUUUAACUCGUGUAUUAAUCUGACUGAGCAACUUUUAUUUAUUUGACCAGAAAGUUUGGCUUAAAUCUGUGGAUCUGACCCCGAGCGUCGCCUUGAAUUGCAUUUUCACUUUGCAGGGAUCAACAUGAGAUGAAAUUAAAACAUGAGAAUUUCUUUGACUGUGCAGUAAGAGCAGGGAUUUCUAAGAAAAACAGGAGGAGAGUAAGAUGAGUCUGAGUGUGUGUGAGGGAGAUGUAAUCUGAAAAUGUAAUUGUCUUUAUCAUAUCAGAAAAUCUGGAAUUAAAUUAUCUGUCAGGCCCUAAUUAGCGUUUUAUUUUUAGAGGAGGAGGUUCAUCUGUUUGGUUUAAAAAGAUUCAAGUAGCAGGAGAAUAAAAACAAAGAUGUUUUAUUUCUUCUGAGUCACAGGUGGAGUUGGAGUUUAACGCGCUACAGGAAUGGAGCAGCGUUUUUACGCACAGCUCCUCAGGGUGAUUUCAUGUUGUUGACAGAGUCCAAAUGGACCACACAGUGACCGGGCCUGUCCGCAACUGAACAAGAAGAAGAAGAAGAGAAAGAAGAAGAGAAAGAAGCCUCCCUCAGACAGCGCAGAGAGCGAGCCUGCAGCCCGGGACAAUGUGCUGAAUUGGCAGCCUAUAUAUAAGUCUGCCAUUUGGACACUGUAAUGCCACUUUACCUUAUGAGGGAAGUUCAACCCGCAGCACCUGCUCAAAACAAAAUGCCAUAGGAGAUCAACUCCAGCGACCCCCCUCCAGCUCGGAUUGUUUUUCAGACAGACACUCUCACUUACAAGAGGAGAAGGAGGAGGAGGAGGAGGAGGAGAAGCAGAGGGGUAUAGAAAUUGUUCCGCAGGACUCUAAACAAUUAAGCAACUUGCCUGAAAUUGUGAUUUACUGCGCAGGCCCGUGUUGGCAAGUCCAAACUGGCAACCCUGGAUCUGUCAAAGCGGGUAAUUAAAGGUCUGAACAGAGGAGUGAUUUGAUGUGCAAACAAAAACGUGGACGAGGAAAACAAUUAAAGUUCCUGCUGCUGCUGUUUGGCUCUCCGAUCAUCCAGAUAUUCAUGUUUGAAUUGUUUCACACAAAUCUGAGAGGUUUGUCCGGACUCCGCGUUUCCUCUUUAGCGGUUUCCACUCUCAUUUUUUUUGAUCCAGCACGUCCGAGAGUUUCUCUAAAUGCUCCUUAUCUGCAGGCGAGCAGAGGCUUAUCAGACCGUCAGUGUGUCACUAAAUGGAGGGAACACCCUGAAAAAGACUCUAUCAGCGCGCUCCAGGCCCUGGUCGUGUGCCUUGUCCUCUUGUACCCCCUGAAACAUCCUCAGCGUGAACCCGGGGCAGAUUCCCUCUCACACACACACACACACACACUCAGGAGACAAGGCCAGCUGAUCGGCCGGGCUGCACACUCUCCGCCCCGGGUAACUAACUGUCCCUGCGCGCAUGGCUCAAAAACACACCCACAGCUUUACUUCACCUCUUCCUAAAGCUCACCAGAAAUUUGCGCGUCUUAUUUGGAGGAAAGUGGGGACGCAGAGAGAACAUGUGGCGCUGAAAUCAAACUCAAAACAAACUCACAGAUGAUGUCCUGUCUCCCCCCGGUAUAUUGUCCUCCAGUGGAUCCACGUUUUCGGGCUCCGGGUCUAUUUCAAUUUAUGAUCCACGCAUUCUUGGAGGGCCAGCCGCCGUGACCUCCGGAGGAGAGAGUGAACCCUGAGCAUAAAGACGCUCUUUUUCUCUCACUUUCACUCCUCUCACUUAGAUCCCACCGCAGAAAAUUGUGCGCCUGUGGAGGUGCAGCGCAAGGGGGACGCCGGGGACGCGCGCCAGGACCGUGGGCUUGUCCGAGAAAGCGUGAGGCGUUCACGAUUCUGGACAGGAGGCUACCGCUUUGUGGCUGAAGAGGAAACUACUGGAAUCUCACCCCACAGGGUCCAGUCCACAGGUCAGACUGGGAUGAGAAAAUAGUUCCUUCAAAUCAAACUCCAGUGGGAACUUUUCUCUUCUUUAGAGUCUUUCUUUAAUGUCUCCUGAUGAGAGCUGAGAGCCUAUAGGACUAUUUUCUGCUGCCCCUGAAGCGCUGAACCUUUUCUCUUAAUGAUGCAUGAGCGGCUUUAUGGAGGAGGAUGGACACAAACUUCAGCAAGAGGCUCUGCUUAGUUUGCACAAUAAAGCUGCAUCUUUUACGGCUCGAAUGAAGCUCCUGUAUUUUUUAUUUGGUGCGUAAACUGUUUGAUAAAAACUGUGGGAAUAAAUGCAAUAAUAUCAACUUGUGUCGAGGUAGAAAAAAGUCUGUCAAACCUUUAAUAUUUGGGACAAUUAUUUCUUGCUGUCAUCGAACAUUUUUAUUUGGAUUAAAAGUCAAAGUGAUGGAGAAAUACCUGCACAAACUAAACCGAUAAAUCUGCUUUGUUUUUAUUUCAAAGAGAGUAUUUUAGACUUUGUUUAGCUGGAUAAAUAUUCCCAAUAAUUCGCACUGACUGUCAAACAUCUGACAAAUUCGAGAAAACAGACUCAAACAAUUAGGCACCGUUUAUUUUCACCGUUUUCUCCCUCGGUUUAAAGUUGGUUUUAACGUUUAAAAAAAUGGCUCCCCAGAAAAAAACACCUCUGUACUUUUUUUACCACCUAACUUCUGAAUUAACUUCAAGUUCUGGUGUGCGUGAGCGUUUGCGGGUCACGUCGGGUCGGCGGAGAUAAUCACGGUCCACCUGCAGCUCUACAGACACUGCUGCAGCCCGAGUCAGCCGCUGUCAGCGCUGCUGCUUGUCACGCACAGAUAACCCGGAGUGCGCACCGACACCCAAAAACAAGCAGCCGAGCCCCCGCAUGAGCACGCACCGGGACGUCUCUUACCUUGAUUCACUUCUUCGUCAUCCGCUGCCUGAUCCCGGAGUCAAACUUGUUGCGGGACGCUGA